AUGUUUAAUAUAGCUGGGGCUGUGCAAUCUGCCUUAAGUUGUUAGCUUUGUUUUCCUCUUGAGAAAUAAAAAGGGGCCUUCCCUUUUCAGAGCCCUAUGGCGCAAUAUCUGUACUUUUUCAUAUGGCGACCUGUCCAUUGCAGGAACGUCUGUGAGCCUCUGUUGCAGCCACAACAUGGACAGCUCAGUCAAAUGCCCCGCAAGUCUUCCUCUGACUGACUCCAGCUAUUAGCCAAGGUUGUGCACCCAGGCAGGACCUGUGCACUCUGAGCUCCUGUCUCCUUCAAGACGUCCUCAACUUCCCAGGUUGAACUGCAGCGGAAGUCUUUAGAAAGGUCAGCAGGCAGGCUCUCGAGGUCCUCACCUGAAGUGAGCUUGCCAGCCACUGCAGGAACGCCCCGGGACGGGGAAUGCCCAUUUGUGCAACAAACCCUGACUCCUUCCUCACCCUGACUUCUCCCCCUCCCCAUCCGCGCGCAGGCCAAGUUGCUGAAUCAAUGGAGCCCUCCCCAACCCGGGCGUUCCCCAGCGAGGCUUCCUUCCCAUCCUCCUGACCACGGGGGCUUUUCGUGAGCUCGUCUCUGAUCUCGCGCAAGAGUGACACACAGGUGUUCAAAGACGCUUCUGGGGAGUGAGGGAAGCGGUUUACGAGUGACUUGGCUGGAGCGCCAGGGGCGGGCACUGGCACGGAACACACCCUGAGGCCAGCCCUGGCUGCCCAGGCGGAGCUGCCGCUUCUCCCGCGGUUGGUGGACCCGCUCAGCGCGGAACUGGGGAGGCUCUUUCACUUCGGAGGAUUGCUCAACAACCAUGCUGGGCACCUGGACCCUCCUACCUCUGGUUCUUACCUCUGUUGUUAGAUUAUUGUCCAAAUGUGUUAAUGCCCAAGUGACUGAUAUCAACUCCAAGGGAUUUGAAUUGAGGAAGAUCGUUACUACAAUUGAGACUCAGAACUUGGAAGGCCUGCAUCAUGAGGGCCAAUUCUGCCGUAACCCCUGUCCUCCAGGCGAAAGGAAAGCUAGGGACUGCACAGUCAAUGAGGAUGAACCAGACUGCGUGCCCUGCCAAGAAGGGAAGGAGUACACAGACAAAGGCCAUUUUUCUUCCAAAUGCAGAAGAUGUAGAUUGUGUGAUGAAGGACAUGGCUUAGAAGUGGAAAUAAACUGCACCCGGACCCAGAAUACCAAGUGCAGAUGUAAACCAAACUUUUUUUGUAACUCUGCUGUAUGUGAACACUGUGACCCUUGCACCAAGUGUAAACAUGGAAUCAUCGAGGAAUGCACACUCACCAGCAACACCAAGUGCAAAGAGGAAGAUUCCAGAUCUGAUUUGCUGUGGUUAUGUCUUCUUCUUCUCCUAAUUCCACCAAUUGUUUAUGUGGUGAUAAAGAAAGCAUGCAGAAAGCACAGAAAGGAAAACCAAGGUCCUCAUGAAUCUACAACCUUAAAUCCUGAAACAGCAAUAAAUUUAUCUGAUGUUGACUUGAGUAAAUAUAUCACCACUAUCGCUGGAGGCAUGACACUAAGUCAAGUUAGAGACUUUGUUCGAAAGAAUGGUGUCAGUGAAGCCAAAAUAGAUGAGAUCAAGAAUGACAAUGUCCAAGACACAGCAGAACAAAAAGUUCAACUGCUUCGUAAUUGGUAUCAACUUCAUGGAAAGAAAGAUGCAUGUGAUACAUUGAUUAAAGGUCUAAAAACAGCCGAUCUUUGUACUCUUGCAGAGAAAAUUCACGCUGUCAUCCUCAAGGACAUUACUAGUGACACAGAAAAUUCGAACUUCGGAAAUGAAGUCCAAAACUUGGUCUAGAGCAAAAAACAACAAAUUCAGUUCUGAGUAUAUGCAAUUAGUGUUUGAAAAGAUUCUUAAUAGCUGGCUGUAAAUACUGCUUGGUUUCUUACUGGGUACAUUUUAUCAUUUAUUAGCUCUGAAGAGCCAACAUAUUUAUAGAUUUUUAAUAUCUCAUGAUUCUGCCUCCAAGGAUAUUUAAAAUCUAGUUGGGAAGACAAAUGUCAUCAAGAGUAAAUGCAGUGGCAUGCUAACUACCUAAAUAGGAGUAUAUGCAGAGGACGAAAGAUUAAGAUUAUCUUCUGGUAUCUAACAUAUGAUUCUGUAGUAUGAAUGUAAUCAGUGUAUAUUAGUACAAAUGUCUAUCCACAGGCUAACCCCAUUCCAUGAAUCAACAGAAGCAGCUAUGACCUUCUGUUGGAAUGUCAGUUACUGAACAGGCCACUUUGCCUCUAAAUUACCUCUGAUCAUUCUAGAGAUUUUACCAUAUUUCUAAACUUUGUUUACAACUCUGAGAGGAUCAUAUUUAUGUAAAGUAUAUGUAUUCAAAUGAAGAAUUUAAAUAAGGCUCUACCUCAAAGAAUUUUGCACAGAUUAAUCAUAUCAUAGAAUACAAUAUUUCAAUUGUGAAUUCACAUAGAAAACAUUAAAUUAUAAUGUUUUACUAUUAUGUAUGUGUAUGUCUUUUACCGGCUCAAAACCACCUACUUCUUUCUCAGGUGUCAAAAGCAUUUUGAGCAGGAGAGUAUUGCUAGAGCUUUGCCACCUCUCCAUUUUCUCCUUGGUGCUCAUCUUAAUGGCCCAAUGUACCUCCAAACAUGGAAGUAUCAUCAAAAAAUUACUUAAUCCACCAAAAGGCAAGACUACCCUUAGAAAUUCUAGCCUGGUUUGGAGAUACUAACUGCUCUCAGAGAAAGUAGCUUUGUGACAUGUCAUGAACCCAUGUCUGCAAUCAAAGAUGAUAAAGCAGAUUCUUAUUUUUCCCCCACUCCCCAAAAUGUUCAAUAAUGUCCUAUGUAAAACUUGCUACAAAUGGCAGCUUAUACAUAGCAAUGGUAAAAUCAUUAUCUGGAUUUAGGAAUUGCUCUUGUCAUGCCCUGUAGGUUCUUAGAUUUAAAAGCCUUCUCAUUGCUGCUGCUAUCCUACAUUUAAAUACCUUUGAAAGUUUGUAUUAAAUGUGAAUUUUAAGAAAUAAUAUUUAUAUUUCUAUAAAUGUAAACUGUGAAGAGAGUUAAAAACUGAAGCAGAUGCCUAGAACCACCUAAAGAACUUCCAUUUAUAGAGGAUUUUUUGCCCCUUGUGUUUGGAAUUAUAAAAUAUAGGUAAAAUU